UAAAAAUAAUCUCUUGCGUACUCUGAUCCUCCACAGAGAGGCGUUUACUUCCCACCUAGGUUUCUCUCAUCUUUACAUUCACUUGUUUGUACGCAUCAAUUUCUUUUUCGUUUUCUACUUUCCAUUCUCUUUCAUAUUUCGUAAACCUAGAUCCAUCACAAGUUUUUUCUAUUUCUUUCUUUUUUUAUGUUUUGAGUUUUGCGUUUUAUUUAGUGAUUUCAGUACUUGAUUUAGCAAAUAUUUGAAAUUAUUGAAUGAAUCUCGUGUCUUUCUGUGAGCGAAUCUUUGUAGAAUGCGUGAUUUUGAUGUGAUUAACAUUGUGAUUAGUGGUGUAAUUUCUGUUGCAGGUGAAGUUGGGAACUGACUGCAAGCUUGCACUUAUAUUCAGAUUGGUUGAUACAUUGUUACAACCUACUUACAGUGAAUAGGACUAAAGAUGGAGCUGAAUAACAUUAAGGAUGCAUUUGAUCGUGUUGCAAAGAAACAAAAGCUGUCCUGUUCUAAAACCCAAGAAGUGAUUGAAAAACUUAUCGAAGAAAUAGGAAAGGCAUUAGAAACAAUAAAGACAUCCUCACAACUAGAUGAUAGGUAUGUCCUCACUGAACUUAAGAAAAAGUUGCAAGAACUUGCUCCCCUCAGUCAACUGGAAGGCACACAGAAGGAACUGAACAUAGCACUGAGCAAGUACACGAAAGUUCUGGAGAAAUCCUUCAACCCAGAUAUAUCCAAGGCUUACAGGAAUGUUGAAUUUGAUAGUCAGACAGUUAACCAAAUAAUUGCAAACCAUUUCUAUCGACAGGGUUUGUUUGACGUUGGUGACUGCUUCAUAAGUGAGACCGAGGGAUCAGAAAGUGGUGCUGCUAUGAAAUCCAUUUUCCAGGAUAUGUAUGAGAUUCUUGAAGCCAUGAGGAGUUGGAACCUAGAGCCUGCACUAAAAUGGGCAGCUGCAAAUUCCGAUAAGCUCAAAGAAAAUGGGUCAGACCUUCAGCUUAAACUUCACAGCUUGCAGUUUGUGGAAUUAUUACGAAGUGGAAGCAGAGAUGAAGCUCUCAAGUAUGCAAGAGCCUUUCUGGCUCCUUUCGCUUCAAACCGUGUGACUGAGAUCCAGAAGCUGAUGGCCUGCCUCGUCUGGGCUAGAAAGCUUGACAGUUGCCCAUACCCACAAUUGUUAUCCCCAAGCAAUUGGGUUUUAGUGGCAGAAGAGCUAACUAGGCAAUUCUGCAAUCUUGUUGGACAGUCUUAUGAAAGCCCAUUGAGUGUGACGAUAGGUGCAGGGGUUCAAGCUUUGCCACCACUUGUGAAGUUUAUGACUGUGAUGGCAGGGAAGAGGCAAGAAUGGCAAUCGAUGAAGCAGUUGCCUGUACCAGUCGAAUUGGAUAAGGAGUUUCAGUUCCAUUCCAUAUUUGUGUGUCCGGUGUCAAAGGAGCAAUCGACGGAAGAAAAUCCACCAAUGAUGAUGUCUUGUGGGCACGUGCUUUGCAGGCAGUCUAUUAACAAGAUGUCGAAGAACAACACAAGAACUUUCAAGUGCCCAUACUGUCCAUCAGAUAUCGAUGCUUCACACUGUACACAGCUGUAUUUCUAAUGAAUACCCAAAUAUGUACACUGGGUUUGUAUUUAACUGUCUUUCUCUCCAUCUCGAACAAACACUUGUAGUUUGGAAGGAACUUGUGUUGUGUUGUGUUGUGUGGUGGUGACACAAGUUGGUCUGGUCUGGUCUGUUGUACACUGUUAGUUUAUGCAUUUGUUGUAUAUAGAAAUUCUUUCUUCAAAUUCAUCUUCUUUUGGUA